AAACAAAAUACAAACUUUGAAAAGUGUUGUGUAAAAAAUAAAAUUGCCUUAAAUUUAAAUUUUCUAAAAUAUUUAUAUAUUCAAUAAUUUUGAGCAAAGAGUGAGAGUGAGAGCAUCUGGAGAUUUGGCUCUGGAGUUGUAUGUAUGUACAGUAUGUAUGUAUGUAUAUAUGUGUGUAUGUUGGCUAACUGUGCAAUUAGUAGUGUGUAUAGUAGAUGGUAGUGUCAAAUAGCAUAUAAGUUUGAAUAGUUAGCAAAUCAUUGCAAUGUUGAUGACGUUAUCGCGAUCCUGUGUCUCACCAAACAGUACUCCGGGACACAAAAUGCCGAACAAACAGAAAGUGAUUCAAGAAAAUGAUAGCGAAGCUGAUCUGUCAGACAAAGGCAUCAAUGGAUUGGAGGAAAUUCCUAAUAUUAUGUAUUCCCAUAACUUGACUCGACUCACAUUAAGCCAUAAUAAAAUCAAAAGUCUGCCGCCAUCGAUGGCAAACUUAUCAAACUUAGAACAAUUGAAUCUUUGCAACAAUCAAAUUGAAGAAUUGCCCACAUCUUUGUCAUCAAUGACACGAUUAAAAGUAUUGAAUCUCGGAUUGAAUCGCUUGCAUUCACUGCCGCGAGGGUUCGGCGCCUUUCCUGCUCUCGAAGUGUUGGAUCUGACCUAUAAUUUUUUGUCUGAAAAGUCAUUGCCCGCAAACUUUUUUAUGCUCGAGACCUUAAGAGCACUUUAUUUAGCAGAUAAUGAAUUUGAGUAUUUAUCUCCAGAUAUCGGUUCACUUAAGAAUUUACAAAUUUUAGUUCUUCGGGAUAAUGACCUAAUAGUACUUCCGACUGAAUUGGGUCUUCUCAUACGUCUUCGAGAACUUCACAUUCAGAACAACCGAUUAACAGUACUUCCACCAGAAUUGGGUCAAUUGGAUCUCUGUUCACACCGUAGUGUUGUCCGAAUGGAAGGUAAUCCAUGGGUUCCUCCGAUUGCAGAUCAGUUGCAAAUAGGAGUCACACAUGUUAUUGAAUAUAUUCGUACCGAUACUUAUAGAUUUCUUUACGGACGACACUCUCAAACAAUGACUCCGUCGGCAAUCCCUCCACGAAAUGAAGAGCGAAGGGCCCGAAAGUUGGCCAGAAAUAAACAAAAUCCCUAUAAAUGUAAUUAACUCUAAAUGAAUUCAAAUACUUAUACAAUGGUCUCAUAAACUGAUCUAAUUU